AUGAGUGUAUUAAAAACACAAGUGGAACAUAUAUCAAGCGUUGGACGUGUUUUUCCGGAUGAGAAACGUGAAAGGACUUCUGUAUGCAUUCAUGAAUUUGAUAAUGAACAUCAACAAUAUAUGGCGCAAUGGGAUGAGAAUGCGCUAUCAGCUGAAGUAUAUGUAGAAUUGAAAGAGAUAACAUGCAACGUUGAUGCAAUUAAGCAAGAAAAUAUUCAAAUUAACAAGCAAAUCGGAAAACCGGAAUUUAUGGAAUUUACAAAUGAAACAAUUUCUCUUAAAUUGCAUGCAUCUGAAAUUGGUGAGUGGAGAAUUGUUGAAGAAAACACUGAAACUGUAUUCGAACAAUUUGAUGAACAAAUAACUAAUGAAACAAUAAAUAUUACUAUUGCAUAUUCUGAGAAGCAAAUUGGAUCUUUUCAAGAAUUUAAUUCUAUCUCAACCGAAACUAUUGUUCAUUUUGCAAAAAUUAUGAUGGAAAAAAUUGAAAAUUAUGCAAGUGAAAUAUCAAAAAGAAGCAUUAAUCAAUACUGGAAGGAAUAUUUGAAUUUAGAAGCUAGUCGAGAAUGCAACGAAAAUUUGGAAUUGGAACAAUCAUUGAUAAAAAUUGAACAAAUUGAAAUGAUUAAACGUAUUCUACGUGAAGUAAAUGCUGAAAAAAUUAUUGCAAAUAUUGCUGCCUGUUCAGAAAUUAACGAAACAUAUACAAUGAUAUUUGAUAAACAAUCACAACAACAAUCAUUAAAAAUUAUUCAAAAUGAUAUAAAUCGAGAAUGGAUUCUCGAUGAGCAAAAAUAUGUUGCACAAAAUGAAGUAACAAAAUUUGUAGAUGCAAUAUGGAAUACAAUUGUGAACGAUUCAAAUAUUGCUAUUAAUAUUUGUGAAUUUAACCGUGAGCAAAUAACGCUUAAUACUAAAGCUAGUGAGGAAAUUUGUUUGGAAUGUAAACAAAUGCUUUAUAUGAAAUCAGUUGAUGAGAAUGCCUUCGCACACUUUCAUACAAACACCGCUGUUUCAGGCGGUGAAAGACAAUUUAAAAUAGAAUGUAAAAUGAAUGAAAGCAUUUUGGCACGUCAACAAGAAGAAUUAUUUGCUGAAAGUGUACAACAAAAAGCAAUAUUACAUGCGGAAAAUUUGACUGAAUUCAUAGCGGAAAGUACCGCAGUACAAGCAGAUGCUGGAAUUUUAUUGAUACGCCGUUCCGCAACGCAAACAACGGAAUCUGCUUCACAUAUUAUUGGCAUUAUCUUAACGUUAACACAACAUUUUGAAGCACAGCAUGCUCAAGAAAUAACCAAUGAAGCAAAUGUGGAAUUUUCCAUUCCGGCAUCAAAUCUAGAAGUGGAAGAUAAUAUCUGUAAAUCAGUUAUCAAUCGAAGUGUCGUCAAUUUGGAGACUAAUUAUGCGAAAGCAAUAGCAUUACAAGAAAAUGUUGAAUUAAUCAAUUCACGUAAAGUAUUAGCUGAAACGGAGAGUACUUUGAAAGGAAUGCAUACGGAUAGUGUACGUGAAAAAAUGAGAGAAACAAAUUCGGAAGGUUUUGAAAUUUUAUCACAAUGGACUACUGUUGAUCGAGAUUUAGAAGCAGAAGUAAGCUUAAAACAUAAGCAUAACAUUGUGAGUAAAUUGUCAACAAUAGCAAUUAUCGAAGAAGAAAUUUCAAUUGAUGAAAAAUGGAUAGCAACGGAAUGUAAUUUGGAAAUAUGCAAAAGCAGAAAUAUCAUUGUAAACGAGCAUUGUCAAUGUAAUUUACAAAUUGAAUUUAAUGAGGUGACAAUAGAAUUGGAAAAUUAUGAAAAGAAAGAAAAUUACGAGAUAUUAUGGAAUGAUAAAAAUUAUGAUACAUUAGACGUAAACGUGUACGAAACAAUUUUGGAAAAGUUAAACGCAAUAAUUAAUCUUCAUCGUGUAUCAAAUAUUUUACCGAAACAAUCAGCAAAUGAAUAUAUUUGCCGUGAUCAACAAUUUCUCGUAGCACUUCCAUUAUACGUGAAAUGUGACGAGAACAAGGAUAAAACAAAUUAUACAAUUUUAGAAAUUUGUUUGAAACAAAAUUUAGUGGAAGAAUAUAUUCAAACAAUUCAAACUAUGGCUAAUUGGAUGAAAAUGGAAAUUUUUGAAUGUGAACAAGCUGAGAAUGAAAAAUUUCAUAUGGAUGUGAAAUUGCAAGGAAAACAAUUAUUAGCAUCGUUGGAGGUAGAAUUAGUAUGGCCUGAAAUUAGAAAAGGUGAUAAGAUGGCUAUUGAUAUGAUAGAAUAUGUGGAAGAACAGAUAACAAUUUAUGCACAAAUAGCAUGCAAACAAAUAUCAUUUGAUGAAUUUAACAAAACAAUUAUCAUAAGCCAAAAGUCAGAACCACAAAUGCUAAUGACAAGUACCACAAAAGAAGAAAUUGUAAAUGGAUACGAUGAAUUUAGGAUAGUACCACAAGAAAAAGCUACUACUUUUGUGAUAAUUAUUGGAAAUAAGGGUGAAUGCUUAUCAGUAUGGUUGCAAGAAACCAAACAAAAUUUUAUCACUAUGGGAUUUCAGUAUAAUGAAGAAAGUGAAAUGUAUGAAACAGAGGGUAAUUUUACUGACAAACGUUUUGGUGGUAAUUAUCAACUGAUAACAAAAGCGACAAGAAUAGAAGAUAGCAAUGUUAGCAUGAUAAUGUCACAUCGAAUUGCAAAUGAAGCAAUUAAUAAAGUUUUCAAAGAGAGCGCCAAAAAUUUUGCAACAAUGGAUAUGCUAGCGGCAACAUCAAAAGUAAUACUGGUAGAUAUUAAUCGAACAAAAGCGCCACAAAUGCCACAAAUAGCAACAAUACAAUAUUAUUGCUCUCGAAGAGGGGAACCAAUUAAAAGAUAUUUUCGAGAAAUCAACGAAAUUAUUCAUACUGUACAUGCACAGUUUAAAAUUAAAGAAGCUUCAUUGAAAUUUACGAUUGCUUGGAGUGUUCCAAAUUAUGGUGGACAUUUUAUUUUGAAUACAGAAGCUGCAGAGGAAGCAUUCAUAUCUCGUCAAAUUGAAUAUCAAAAAGCUGAAGCAUUUGAAUGUACAGCAAAAAUGCUAAAGCAAAUGAUAACUCCAAUAAUUGUACCAGUAUUAUCAGUACAAUCUAUCACUGAAGUAAUGGAAGAAAUUCGAAAAGAUUUGAUAAGAUUAUCAUUUAUCGAUGAAGCAUUUCUAUUGCUUAAAGAAGCUAAUAAAGGUAUUAAUAUUGAGGUAAAAUUAAUUGAAACAACCGAUAUAAGACAAAUUAGCUAUUUGCAAUUUAAACAAGAAAUUGAAGCAAUAGAAGUGGAAACGAUAAUAAAGAAAAACGAUUUGGUGGUAAAUUAA